AAAUUAUGAAUAUAUAUUCCGUUAUGCUGAUUUACUUUAGUUAUUUAGUGAAGACGGGCGUUUCACUUUUCAAAUCGCUUAAAUAUGUAGUAUGUUUGUUGUCAUGGAGUUCACAUAACAUGAAGGACGGCGCGUGGAUGGUACUUUAUGGUGACUAGGAAGUCAUUUGUCCGGAGGAACCUCACUGGCAGUGUUGUGCAGCCUCUUCACCCUCUUUUUUGACAACAUUCUGCGUGCGAAUUUCAAUACAUUUGGACUGUAUCAGUAAUAGGAAUAUGCUUUAUGUUUUAGAAAGCAUUACUUAUUUAGUUAGUGUAACGAUUUGUUUUUAAGGGCAUGCUGCCGGAUAAGCGGAGGAACCGUUGUAUUGUUAGGUUGCAGUGUGUCCUGCAAGAUGUCCUGGGAGGAUCUGGAGGCUCUGUGCCACAGAGAGAAGCUGUCCUGCAAACAGCUGGGGGUGAACCGAGCCAACCCCAAAGUCUAUGAUGUGGAAUUCAUCUGCGACUACAAGAAGACUAAGCAGGAGGAGUUCUACCUGUUGAAGUGGAAGGGCUUCCCAGAGUCUGAUAACAGCUGGGAACCCAAGAGGAACCUUAAAUGCCCCAAACUGAUAAAGCAGUUCCACCUGGACCUGGAUCAGCAGCUGAGGCGCCAAAAGAGACGCUGCAUCCCGAAAAAACUUGAUAAGGAAAUUUCCUUGUUCCUGGUCCAAAAGGCCAAGCUCCGUCAGCGUCUGCAGCGCUGGGAGGCCCAUCUGAACCAGACUCGCAACCACCCGGGCCGUAUUUUUGUUACAAACGAAGUGGACCUUGAGGGCCCUCCAAAGAACUUCACCUACAUCAACAACUACAAAGUAGGCCAAGGGAUUGUGUUAGAUGAGAUGGCGGUGGGCUGUGAGUGUAAAAACUGUUUGGAGGAGCCAAUAAACGGCUGCUGCCCCGGGGCCUCGCUGCACCGCAUGGCCUACAAUGAGAAGGGCCAGGUCCGGAUCCGACCGGGACAGCCCAUAUACGAGUGUAACUCCCAGUGCCGCUGCAGCUCUGAUUGUCCAAACAGAGUGGUGCAGAAGGGCAUCCAGGUUGACCUGUGCAUCUUUAAGACGGAGAAUGGCCGGGGCUGGGGGGUGCGCACACUGCAGCACAUCAAGAAGAACACCUUCAUCAUGGAAUACGUGGGGGAGAUCAUCACGAAUGAGGAAGCCGAGAGGAGGGGUCAUGUGUACGACUGCCAGGGCUCCACGUACCUGUUUGACCUGGACUAUGUGGAGGACGUGUACACAGUGGACGCCGCUCACCAAGGCAACAUCUCCCACUUUGUCAACCACAGCUGUAACCCCAACCUGCAGGUAUUUAAUGUGUUCAUCAACAACAUCGAUGAGAGGCUCCCAAGAAUUGCUUUAUUCUCAACACGAGCGAUCCGGAGCGGAGAGGAGCUCACAUUUGACUACAAGAUGCAGAUUGACCCGAUGGACACGGAGAGUACCAAGAUGGACUCCAGCUUCAGCCUGGCGGGGCUCCCCGGCUCCCCGAAGAAGAGGAUCCGAGUGGAGUGUCGCUGUGGAUCGGACUCGUGUCGAAAAUACCUGUUCUGACAAGGGACUUGUAACACUGUCAUCUAUGGAGAGAUGUUGAAAUUGUACAGAUUUUAAUAUGAAUUUUUAUUUUCUUAUUGCCUAUGAAAGCUGAAAUUGACCAGCAACUUUAUAAAGAAUUUCAAAUCCAGUAAAAUAGAAACUGCAUCAGUGGAUUGUUUGAGUACUUAAAGACAAUUAUUUUCAAUACUUUUACAAGAGAAAGGUCGGCAUGUACAUUAGCUCAGCGCAGGGCAGCACCGCAUGAACAUCAGAGCACUGAGCCUGGGGCAGUAACAGCUGUUGAGUGACAGUUUGUUGUCACAUGAAGGCUGAUUCGUUUGGCCCUCGGGACAAUGUCUUCCCCCAAUGUCCCCAAUUCUCUCACAGUUUGCAGAUCCAUUCCUGCUUCAGUGUUGACCUUCUGUGCAAACUGUAGUACUGAUGAGUAUACGCCCAGACUUGGUGUAUCCCCUCCCUCUCCUAAUGGUCUCGACUCCUCGCCUCUUGAGAUCCUUUUUAGAGUUCCCACAUCUCGGCUAUUAACUUGGUGUGCAAUGCCAUUACUGGUGGAAGUGACGGACAAAAGCCAAAUGAAGCUUUCAUUUUCAAAGCUUUCCCCCAUCCACGGACCUCAGAAGCUAGCACAGUGCACAUUGCUGCACCCCAACAGGGAGGAGUAAGAAAAUGUUUCUCUGAUUAUAGUGAACUACACUGGCCAAAAAAAAGGUCACACUCUAACAUUGGUUGGACCGCCUCUACCUUUGAUUACGGCACGCAAUCACUGUGGCGUCGUUUCCACAAGCUUCUGCAACGUCACAACAUUUAUUUCUGUCUUGCAUUCAUUUUUCAAAAAGAUCUUGUAUUGAUGACGGGAGAUUCAGACCACUGCGCAAAGUCUUCUCCAGCACAUCCCAAAGAUUCUCAAUCGGGUUCAGGUCUGGACUCUGUAGGGGCCAAUCCAUGUGUGAAAACAUUAUGUCUCAUGCUCCCUGAACCACUCUUUCACAAUCUGAGCCCGAUGGAUCCUGGCAUUGUGAUCUUGGAACAUGCCCGUGCAAUCAGGGAAGAAAAACUCCAUUGAUGGAAUAACCUGGUGAUUCAGUAUAUUCAGGUAGUCAGCUGACCACGUUUGGGCAAGUUGCUGAACCUAGACCAGACCAAAUGCAGCAACCCCAGAUCAUAGCACUGCCCCCACAGGCUGGUGACCUUUUUUUUGGCCGGGCAGUGUAUGUUUUGUAUAUUAAAAUGGGGGUGAUCUAAACGACUCUUUCUGUUGGAUCUUUUAUAGCGUAUAUAUUUUAAAAUGUUAGGUUUUUUUGGUGCUGUCUGAUAGGUGGAGAACAAAACAAUGUAAAUAAAUGGCUUUUACCGGUU